AUGGAUCCGGCCGGCCGGUGGCAGAAUCUGCCCAGCGGGCCUAGCCUAAAGCACUUAACUGACCCGUCUUACGGGGUUCCGCGGGAGCAGCAAAAGCCAGCGUUGCAGGAACUGACGCGGGCGCAUGUUGAGUCCUUCAACUACGCUGUGCGCGAGGGGCUCAGCCACGCGGUGCAGGCUAUCCCUCCCUUUGAAUUUGCUUUCAAAGAUGAGCGGAUCUCUCUUACUAUCGUGGACGCUGUCAUCAGUCCACCCAUGGUUCCCAAAGGGAACAUCUGCAAAGAACUCAACAUUUAUCCAGCCGAAUGCCGGGGUCGGAGGAGCACCUAUCGGGGCAAGCUGACCGCUGAUAUCAGCUGGGCAGUGAAUGGAAUCUCCAGAGGAAUCAUUAAACAGUUUCUUGGCUACGUUCCCAUCAUGGUGAAGUCUAAGCUUUGCAACUUACACAACCUUCCCCCCAAAGCCCUCAUUGAGCACCAUGAGGAAGCAGAGGAAAUGGGAGGCUAUUUUAUAAUCAAUGGCAUUGAAAAAGUCAUCCGAAUGUUGAUUAUGCCUCGGAGGAAUUUUCCCAUUGCAAUGAUAAGACCAAAAUGGAAAACCAGAGGGCCUGGCUAUACUCAGUAUGGCGUCUCAAUGCACUGUGUGAGGGAGGAACAUUCUGCAGUCAAUAUGAACCUUCACUACUUGGAAAAUGGCACUGUUAUGUUGAACUUUAUUUAUCGGAAAGAACUGUUUUUUCUUCCUUUGGGAUUUGUACUUAAGGCACUUGUCAACUUCUCCGAUUAUCAGAUUUUUCAGGAGCUCAUCAAAGGCAAAGAGGAGGACUCUUUCUUUAGGAACUCCGUUUCUCAGAUGUUAAGGAUCGUCAUGGAAGAGGGUUGUUCCACACAAAAACAGGUCCUUAACUAUCUAGGUGAACGCUUCAGAGUAAAGCUCAGUCUUCCUGACUGGUGUCCAAAUGAACAAGCUGCAGAGUUUCUGUUUAACCAGUGCAUCUGUAUCCACUUGAAAUCCAAUACUGAAAAGUUUUACAUGCUUUGUCUCAUGACCCGGAAGCUCUUUGCUUUAGCCAAAGGAGAGUGCAUGGAGGACAAUCCUGAUAGUUUAGUGAAUCAGGAAGUCCUGACGCCCGGUCAGCUCUUCCUUAUGUUUCUGAAGGAAAAAAUGGAAUCUUGGUUAGUGUCUAUUAAAAUAGCUCUAGACAAGAGGGCUCAGAAGACGAAUGUGUCCAUAAACACUGAAAAUUUGAUGAAGAUUUUUAACCUGGGAACAGACCUUACAAAACCAUUUGAAUAUCUUCUUGCUACUGGGAAUCUGCGUUCCAAAACAGGUCUUGGCUUCCUGCAAGAUUCUGGCCUUUGCGUUGUGGCUGAUAAGCUGAACUUCGUACGCUAUCUCUCCCAUUUCCGCUGUGUGCACAGAGGGGCCGAUUUUGCCAAGAUGAGGACCACCACGGUGCGCAGGCUGCUGCCGGAGUCCUGGGGCUUCCUGUGUCCCGUGCACACCCCAGACGGGGAGCCCUGUGGCCUCAUGAACCACUUGACCGCUGUGUGCGAGGUCGUCACACAGCGUGUGCACACGGCCUCUGUUCCCGCCUUGCUCUGCAGCCUGGGGGUCACUCCGGUUGACGGAGCUCCACAUCGACCAUACAGCGAGUGCUACCCCGUCCUGCUGGAUGGCGUCAUGGUUGGCUGGGUGGAUAAGGAGCUUGCUCCUAGCACUGCAGAUUCUCUUCGACAUUUUAAGGUGUUGAGAGAAAAAAGAAUUCCUCCUUGGAUGGAAGUGGCCCUUAUCCCCAUGACAGGAAAACCAAGUCUGUACCCAGGAUUGUUCCUGUUUACCACUCCUUGUAGACUGGUGCGGCCCGUGCAGAACUUGGAAUUAGGCAAAGAAGAACUAAUUGGAACUAUGGAGCAGAUCUUCAUGAACGUUGCCAUCUUUGAGGAGGAGGUUUUGGCUGGAGUUAGCACUCACCAGGAGCUCUUCCCUCACAGCCUGCUGAGUGUGAUCGCCAACUUCAUCCCUUUCUCCGAUCACAACCAGAGUCCCCGGAACAUGUACCAGUGCCAGAUGGGGAAGCAAACCAUGGGCUUUCCACUUCUCACUUACCAAGCUCGGUCAGAUAAUAAACUGUACCGUCUUCAGACUCCACAAAGCCCUUUAGUGAGACCAUACAUGUAUGAUUAUUAUGACAUGGAUAACUAUCCAAUUGGGACAAAUGCCAUCGUUGCUGUUAUUUCUUAUACUGGCUACGAUAUGGAAGAUGCCAUGAUCGUGAAUAAGGCCUCCUGGGAACGAGGCUUUGCCCAUGGAAGUGUCUACAAGUCUGAGUUCAUAGAUCUGUCUGAAAAAAUUAAACAAGGAGAUGAUAGUCUGGUGUUUGGAGUCAAACCUGGUGACCCGCGGGUUUUGCAGAAGUUAGAUGAUGAUGGGUUGCCGUUUAUUGGAGCCCAGCUACAGUAUGGAGACCCGUAUUACAGCUACCUAAACCUCAACACCGGGGAGAGCUUUGUGAUAUACUAUAAGAGUAAAGAAAAUUGCAUUGUGGAUAACAUCAAAGUGUGUAGUAAUGACACUGGCAGUGGGAAAUUCAAGUGUAUUUGCAUCACGAUGAGAGUCCCUCGGAACCCAACUAUCGGAGAUAAAUUCGCUAGUCGCCACGGGCAGAAGGGCAUCUUGAGCAGGUUGUGGCCAGUUGAGGACAUGCCUUUCACUGAGAGUGGGAUGGUCCCAGACAUCCUGUUCAAUCCUCACGGUUUUCCCUCCCGCAUGACCAUCGGGAUGUUAAUUGAAAGUAUGGCAGGGAAGUCUGCUGCUCUGCAUGGUCUCUGCCAUGAUGCAACACCCUUCACCUUUUCAGAGGAGAACUCGGCCUUAGAGUACUUUGGUGAGCUGUUAAAAGCCGCUGGCUACAACUUCUAUGGCACCGAGAGGUUGUAUAGUGGCAUCAGUGGCAUAGAACUGGAAGCAGACAUUUUCAUAGGCGUGGUUUAUUAUCAGCGUUUACGCCACAUGGUUUCAGACAAAUUCCAGGUUAGAACCACGGGAGCCAGAGACAAAGUCACGAACCAGCCUAUUGGGGGAAGAAAUGUCCAGGGUGGAAUCCGUUUUGGGGAAAUGGAGCGGGAUGCUCUUUUAGCUCAUGGUACAUCUUUUCUCCUUCAUGACCGCCUCUUCAACUGUUCGGAUCGCUCAGUAGCCCAUGUGUGCGUGCAGUGUGGUAGUUUACUCUCUCCGCUGCUGGAGAAGCCACCCCCUUCUUGGUCUGCCACACGCAACAGAAAAUACAACUGUGCUUUGUGUGAUCGCAGUGACACCGUCGACACUGUUUCUGUGCCUUACGUUUUCCGGUAUUUUGUAGCUGAACUGGCAGCUAUGAACAUCAAGGUGAAACUGGACGUCAUUUAACUUGAUGUGGCCUUUUGGGUUAGGAGAACUCUCAGAUUAAAACCAAAUAUACCUUGAGCUCAGUGAAGAUAUGACUUGGUUACUCUGGAGUCUUUUUCAAGGGUGUUCAAGUUUUCCACCAAGACCUGGCAACUAAGAAUUCAGGAUUUCUGAGUCUGACCAGUAUGGUAACGACUGAAGUUGAUUUUCAGUAUAUUUGUUAAAAAAUUCCACAAGUAUCUUCUUUAAAAAUGAUACACUGAUAGAAGGAUAUAUAGGGAAGUCUUUCCAGCCCCAGAGUCUUUGUACCUUACUUUCAGUGGGCAGUGACCGUCGAACAUUUUUCCAUCUAGAACCGAGCAAUCCAGUACAAAUACCAUGCAAGUCACAUAUGUAAUUUUAUAUUUGCUUAUACCCACAUUAAAGUAAAAACCAAAAGUAGCUCCAUUGAAGUGUAAUUGUUACACAAAACUGUGCAUAGUUAACGUGUACAAUUUGAUGGGUUUGAGCAUACGCAUACACCUGUGAAAUGAUCACCACCAUCGAGGUAGUAAACAUCACCUCCAAAAGAUUCCUUGUGCACUUUGGGGUUGUGUGUGUUUUUGGUAAAAACACUGAAUUUGCUAUCUACCCUCUUUACAAAUGUUUAGGUGUACAAUAGAGUAUUGUUAACUACAGGCAGAAUUGACUCAUCUUGUAUAAGUGGAGCUUUACACCUGUUCAAUAGCAACUCCCCAUUUCCCUCCCACCAGCUCCUGGUAGCCAUCACUCUAGGCUAUGAGUUUGACUCUUUUAGAUACCUCAUAUAAGUGAGAUCAUGCAGUAUUUGUGCUUCUGUGAUGGGCUUACUUCACUUAGCAUAAUGGCCUUCAGGUUUAUCCAUGUUGUUGCAUAUGGCAGGAUUUCCUU